AUGAGAAAAUGACAUAUUUCUCCCUCGCUUGAUUCGCGGCCCUCGCCUCGUGCCUUUGCUCGUGCCAACAAACUUCUGCGUUCGUGAGAAAUAUGUCUUUUUUCUCACUUGUACAAUAUAUUAUUUUUCACGGUUCCGCCCUGGUCUAGUAGGCCACCAAACAACUUUACAUGCCUAACUGGUUGCCUGAACAAUGGUACCAGGCCAGUUUGUGGCGUAAAAUAUAAAAAGAAGUAAAAUUAUAGGUUAUGGUUAUCAGUUACAAAUGCACAUAAUUUUAAAGUAGAGAUUUUAAAAAUUAAAAAUAUUUAGUGAGUCUUUGUAUGAAGUAACAGCAUUUAUUAUAAAAAUUUAGUCCACACCAUGAGUAUUGCAGGUUUAACUAGAAUAAUUCCCAACUUCCUGAAUCGAUGUAGCAGCCCAUUUUUGAAGUCGGUUUCGCCUGUUCAAGCUACUGUGACCGAAAACGCGGCGGAUCUUAGACCAGGAGGCCUAUUUAGUAUUAUAACCCGUUCCAUUAUUCGCGUACACUUUCCAAGACCCUCUGAGAGAAAGAGAAUAAAAAGACAUGGAUGGAAUGCUAGAAUGAAAACAGCGUCCGGUAGAAGAGUUCUAAUGAAUAGGAUAUUAAAAGGAAGAUUUGUAUAUUCACAUUAAAUGUAAUAUGUAUGUAUACCUAUAAUGUAGAGUUUUUAGUGAUAUAAUAAAUUAGAUAUUUAUAGUAAA